UGGACCCGCAACCCGCUACCGACCAAUCUGCCCGGCACUCGCGUGCACCAUGUCUGGUUCCUCCAGCGUCACCGCUAUGAAGAAAGUGGUCCAACAGCUCCGGCUGGAGGCCGGGCUCAACCGCGUGAAGGUUUCCCAGGCAGCGGCAGAUUUGAAACAAUUCUGUCUGCAGAAUGCUCAACACGACCCCCUGUUGACUGGAGUAUCUUCAAGUACCAAUCCCUUCAGACCCCAGAAAGUUUGUUCCUUUUUGUAGUAAAAUGAAUUUUGAAGGUGUUCUAAACCACUUUUCUUGAA